GCCGGAAGUGCACGUGGCAGCUGGAGGUGAGAUGCCGGAGUUGUUCCCUCGGCCGCGGGCUGCCGGAGUGACUGACGAUGGUGUAUAAGCUGCUGGACGGGCCCGUGUCGCUGCCGCUCCUCCGCCUGCUCCUGUGCGGUGUUUUGCAGUUGUCCCCGGGCACCGGCAGCAGGAGCUUCCCUUCCCUCAGCGACGACAUCCCCUUCAGGAUAACGUGGCCCGGAGCAGAGUUCUCGCUCCCAACAACAGGAGGUCUGUACAAACCUGAUGACUAUGUAAUUGUCACAACAGUAGAUAAUGAGAGAUACAAAUGUAUGCUGCCUUCAGUUGGAAAUGGAGAUGAGGGUGAAGACCAAGAAUACAAAGGCCUGGGGCCUGCUGAGCUAUUGGAGCCACUCUUCAAACAGAGCAGCUGCUCCUACAGGAUUGAAUCUUACUGGACAUAUGAAGUGUGCCAUGGGAAACAUAUUCGUCAGUACCAUGAAGAAAAGGAAACGGGUCAGAAAGUUAACAUACAAGAAUAUUACCUUGGCGCCACGAACACUGAAUCUGAAACCAAAGACUCCACCUCAGAAAAACACACUGACGCAGAAAAACUAAAAGUUCAUACCAAAAAUAUAGAAGGGCAGAUUACUCCUUAUUACCCCGUAAUAAUGGGGAAUGGUACCCCAUGCAGCCUAAAGCAGGACAAGCCCAGAGUUACCACUGUAAUGUAUGUCUGCCACCCUGAAGCUAAACAUGAGAUCCUCUCAGUUGCUGAAGUCACCACCUGUGAAUACGAAUUGGUAAUCUUGACACCACUCUUGUGCAACCAUCCAAAAUACAGGUUUAGAUCCUCCCCAGUUAAUGAUAUAUUUUGCCAGUCAAUGCACGGAUCACCAUUAAGACCUCAAAGUCUUGAACGAUUAGAAAAACAAGAGGAAGAGAUGAAACCGCCUCUCACUGCCCCAAGAACAAAUGAGGAAAUGGCCACAACAUCCACAAAAGAUGAAAAGUUUUCUUCUCACAAGACGAUCAAAGUUGGAGGACAGCAGCAGAUUUCUGUAGGAACCACUCACAUCUCUAAACUGAGUGAUGAACAGCUCAUUCAGGAAUUUCUAAGUGGCUCUUACUGUUUCCAUGGGGGUGUAGGAUGGUGGAAAUAUGAAUUCUGCUACGGGAAACAUGUGCAACAGUAUCAUGAGGAUAAGGGGGCUGGCAAAAGCAUCAUAGUGGUAGGAACCUGGAAUAAAGAGGAUCACAACAUGUGGUCUAAAAAGAAUUCACCCAGAUCUUACCAAUGGAUGGAAGAUGGAGAACAGAAAGUGAGGGUUGUUUCACAUUUCUAUGGAAAUGGUGAUCUUUGUGAUUUAACAGGGAAGCCAAGGCAGGUGGUUGUAAAAUUAAAGUGCAAGGAAUCAGAGUCUCCUCAUGCAGUCACAAUCUACAUGCUUGAGCCACAAACUUGCCAGUACAUCCUCGGGGUGGAAUCGCCUGUUAUUUGUAAAAUUCUGGAUACAGCCGAUGAAUAUGGAGCGCUAUCAGUUCCCAGUUAAACUACUGACCAGUUUUGUAUUGCUAAAGCAAAGUUUGUUAUACUAAAUGAUUCUCUGGGAAUAAAUAUGCAGGUUUAAUAUGAUAAUACCCCACCUCCACUAUCAGCAAUGUUACAUAUCAUUUAAUUUGCAAAUGAACACUGGAAAAUAACCAAUUUAAGUAUUUGAUCAUUUACAUCUAUAUUGUAAAAGGAAAUGGUGGUGUAAACCAAAUUCUUUGGUAUGUAAGGUUGUAAAUACACUGUAAAGAAAACUAAUAUUUUCGACUGCAUCUGAAUAACUUUGCAUUUGUAUAAGGCUUGAAUGAUACUUGAAAUGUGUACAUAUGCUGUGUUAUGUAAUUCUACAAGUUGUAAAUUUUAAACUUUUUUUUGAAAUCUU